AUGUCCGUGCAAACCCAAGAAGCUGGAAUCAUCCUGGUUGUGGAAACGGGAAUUAACAUAUUAUCCAAAGUGGACAUCCCAGUCAUAGCGGGAGUCCCCCAGAGCUCACCACUAUCCCCGAUCCUCUUUAUCCUCUACAUUGCCUCCCUAUAUCAGGCCCUGAAAACAGCUCAUCCACUGGUUAGCAUAGUAGGGUUCGCAGACGACACAAACCUACUGGCCUUUGGAAAGAACCCAGAGACCAAUACACAGCAACUGGAAAAAGCUUGGAAGACCUGCUUGCAGUGGGCUGGUCGGAGACAGUGGGAGAACCCGGUGGCCCUGGCCCACCCAGGGGCUAGUGGCUACAGCACAGUUAAGCCAGUGGAAUCGGCUCGGUUCCUAGGAGUCUGGCUGGACUGGAAGCUAUCAUGGAGGGCGCACCAACAAGCUGUGGAACGGAAACUCAAAACCCAAGAUUUCGCCUUAUCGAGGAUUGCAGCAAAGACGUGGGGCCCGAGCCUAUCCAGGGCUCGGGAGGUCUACGUAAAGUGCAUCCGCAGUGCCAUAGCUUACGGAGCCUCCAGCUUCCACCAACCAACAGCUCCAAGAGCUACAGGGCCGAAGGGGCCUGCAAAGGUCUUGUCAAAAGCUCAGAACAGGAGCCUCCGAAUAGUAGUAGGGGCAUACAAGUCAGCUCCUAUUCGGUGCCUAGAAACAGAGGCCUGGGUGCCACCGCUAGACUUAUAUCUCAACAAGCGGCUGGCUGACUUCGAGGGCCGGCUACAGAAGCAGGCCCUACAAUCAGGGGCUGGGCCGGAGGCUGAGAGAAUAACCACGGGGCAUCUAAUCACUGAGGCCUGCAAUAAGGUCUACCGAACGUUCAACAAGAGGAGGAAAACCCGAGGCCGGAGGCCCCGUCAGGGCCCGCAGAGUCCCACGCCCACUGAACUAGCCGCUAGUGUAGUGGCCCAGUGGGUUAACUACAAAUGGAAGAUCGGGGGGAAGGAUAGGGGGUCGAAUACCAAGGAGGUGGUCGAACUGGCCUGGCAGGCCCGGUGGGAACAACAGAGAGCUAGUCAACAAAGUGCUACUCGACAGAGGGUAUUAAACAGGAGGAUAGCCGACGAAGACCCCCCAGCCCUCUUAUUUACCGACAAAGCUCUGAUGAGACACGAAGGUCUUACAAAGGCGCAGAGCUCCCUCCUUUCCCAGGCCCGUAUCGGGGAUAUAGGCCUCCGGGACUACCUGUUCAGGGUGAAAGUCCCGGAGGUCCGCACCCCCUAUUGCGAGUGCGGGAGAGGCAGGGAGACGGUGGAGCACUUGGUGGUUUGGUGCCCCGACCCGCCGUUACAAAGGCCGUGGGACGGCAGAGAGAUUCGGUCACAUCGGGACCUACAAACCGUAUUACGGGGAGUAGGUGCCCGGAGCAGAAGAUUUGUUAGGAAGGUCCUUGGCUGGCUGAUGGACUCUGGCCGGCUACUGGAGUAUAGGCUGGCCAGAAGGCUGGAGCUAGAAACAGUGGAUGGGGAGGGCUAG